AUGUAAAUUGAUUAAUUAUUGAAAAAUUAAAAAUUUAUAUCAAAAAGAAAGAAUCAUACAUAUCUUUACAAAAUGAAAUCUUAGGACAAAUUCAAGGGAAAAUCAAUUAGUGCAGAGCAGAAAUAUAUUGGAAUAUAAAAUAUUGGUGCAACAUGCUAUAUGAAUAGUGUAAUUUAAACACUAUUCAUGACUUAAGAAUUCAGAUACAAUAUAUUCUCUCAAAAUAUAGAUGUCGAUAAGGUUAAACAAAUAGAGAAAUCAAUUCCUAUUUAAAUUUAGAAACUUUUUGCACUGCUACAAAUUAAAAAAGACAAGAAGAUUAGCACUUAAGAUUUAAUUAAAAGUUUUGGUUGGACUAGUGGAGAGGCUUUCUAACAGCAUGACAGUUAAGAGUUUAUAAGAAUUUUAUUUGAAGCUAUUGAUAAUACUUUUAAAAUAAAAUUUAUAAACGAGCUGUAUUAGGGAAAUAUGGUGAACUAUGUUAAGUGUCUAAACUGUUAAAAUGAAAGUCUAAGAGAAGAAUAAUUUUUAGAUAUUCAGCUAACUAUUAAAAAUGACUUUGAAAAUAUUAAAAAUGAGUCUAUUGAUGAAGCAUUCGUAAAUUUAAUGAGACCUGAAUAACUAGUUAAUGAUAAUAAAUAUUUUUGUGAAACUUGUAACUCGAAAUAAGAUGCAUUAAGGGGUUGUAGAAUUGAAAAGAUACCCGAAAUUUUAACUAUUUAACUGAAUAGAUUUACUUAUGAUUACAUGAUGGACCGUAGAGUUAAAUUAAAUAAUCUAUUUAAAUUUCCCUAUAUUCUCAAUAUGAAUUAAUUUGAUUCUGGAUAUCAAGGAAUACCAUAAGAGAUAAAAAACAGAUUCGAAGAUAAAAAAACUUAGACAUAAAAGGAGUAAGAAGAAUUAUAAAAGUAAAAAGAAGAAGCAAAUAAAUAGAAAGAUUUAACAAAACCAUCUAACUAAACAAAUAACAUGAUUUCUAAUGAUUAAAAAAAAAAAAUUGUCUCUAAAGAAGAUACCAAGCAAAAAGGACAAAACUUGAGAGACUUUUUAAAAAAUGAAAGGUUAAAAAAUAAAAAAGAUAAAAGCUAAAAAGAAGAAGUUGAAAUCGAACUAUUUACAGAUGAUGUAAAAGGAGAAAAAUAUGUUUUAGAAGUAAACGAAAUUUAAGAUGAAUAAGUAUAACAGAAUUUGCCACCUCCUCCUCCAGCUCCUAUUUUACUUAAUUUAGAUAACACAAAGAAUGAUAUACCACCUCCUCCUCCUAUAAACAUUCUUAAUACAAACUUAGGCCUUGAAGAUAAUAAAAAUAAUGCCAUUCCAUAAGCACCUCCAAUGUUUUAAAGUAGUAAUACCUAGCAUAGCUAGAAUUUGAAUUCGGAAUAAGAAAAAUAGGCAAGAGAAUAGCAAUUAAAAGAAUAUUUAGAAUAUUUAAAUAGUAGUUAUUAAUAGUACUGGACAGAGACAGAAUAGUAGAUUUAAGAAUAUUUAAAGGAUGGAGAUAAUGUUUAUGAGCUUUUUUCUAUUUGCAUGCAUAGUGGUGGUGCGUACGGAGGACAUUAUUAUGCCUUUAUUAAAUCAUUUGAAGAUAAGUAUUGGUAUAAAUUUAAUGAUUCUUCCGUUACUUAUAUGGAAUUAGAAGAUGUUAUAAAAAAAGCUUACGGAGGGUCUGAUUUCAAUAAUGCUUAUAUGCUUUUUUAUAGGAAAUACAGCCCUAAUUCGAGCAUCACUUUUAAUGAUGAAAGCAUUCCAAUUUAUUUAUAAAAAAUAUUAGAAGAAGAAGAAAAACUUAAGUAAGAGGCUAAUAAAGUUAUAACUUUGAAAUAUGAUGUUGAUAUGAAGCUUAAAUAACAAAAGGGAGAAAAUUUGAACUAAAAUAAUAUCAAAUCUGAUAUGGAAAUAGAACAAAGCUCAAACAAUAGCUUUGUUUAAAUAUGUUUAGCAAAUUAGCAUAAUUUAGGUCUUGAAGAUUUAAAUUCGAAUUUAGAAGUAAUUAAAAUUGAGGAUGUCAACUAGUCUUUGUCUAUUGAAGGAUUGCAAAAGUUAAUUUGUAUUAAGUUUAAUGCUUAGGAUUAUAAAAGAGUUCUCAUAUUUAGGAAAAUAAUAACAGAGGAUUAAGUUUUAGGAUAAUAAUUAAAUAUUUUUAGCAAUAAAUCUCUUAAAGAGCUUGAAGUAACUUAAGAAGAAGUUCUUUUUGUUGAGAUUCAAGAAGAAGAAAUAGCUUAGCAGUAUAAAUGGGUUGAUAAAUUUGAGGAGAUUUCUAGUACGAUUUAUAUUCGCUACAAUAUCCCUAGUUAAGAAGAAGAGCUUCAAACACAAUUCAGUCAAAAAAUAAAAAUAGACUCUAGAAGAUAAGAGUAAUACCUUAAACAAGUUUUAUGUGAAACGCUUAAGAUAGAAUAGAAUCAAGUUAUUUUAAGGUUUGAUGGUCCCAUGGGGAAAGAAAUUAAAAACAUGAAUUCGUUAAUCAAAGAAAAUCAUGCUUUUAACAGAAAAGUCUAUAUCUAAUAUGGAAUCCCUUGCAACUAAAAUGAAUACAGGAAUAAAUUAUAUAUUGCCUAACCAUAAAGCUUAUUUGAGGCUAAUAUAUUCUUCUUAUUUGAAGAAGUAGGAGAAAUAAUAACUGAUAGAAAUUGGAACUUAGAUGAGUUAAAAGAGGCAAUCAGAAAAAAUCUAAGAAAUAAAAAUAUUCCAUAGUACACCUAACUUUGCUAAGAUUUUGAAGUCAGGGAAAAAUAUCAAUUCAAGUUGAGGAGGUUGUAUAAGCAAGGACUUUUGAGUGAAUAAUUUGUGAGUGAAAAAACCGAGUUUGCAGUAGAAUUUAAAGAAACCACAGUUCAAAAUUUAAGUUUAGAUUAGUAUAAACUUUAUGUAAGAAUACUGGAUUCAUAAAAUAAUACCCUCAAAGACAGGUUUGAAAUUAUAGUAAAGCAAGAAGACACUUUACACGAUUUAGCAAACAAUAUUUUCUCAUAUGAUAAAACUGUAAACGUUAGCAAUAUGUGUGUAAUUUUAGUCAAAGAUGUAGAGAAUUUCUAGUUGAAUGACUUGAUUUCCGAGGAGUGGAUAUGUUUAAAUAAUAACAGUGAAAGCAUAAUCAAAGCUCCACUGAAGGUCAGUAAUGAUGGAUAACUCUUAAUAGUAAAAGAUUAAGAUUUGAACUUAGCACAAUUUAACCUACAGAACUUGAAAGAUAUGAGAAUUUAAAAUUAAAGGCAAGAAAAAGCUUAAAAGACUAGAGUAAACAAAAUAUAUCAUCCCAAAGAGAAAGCCUUAAAAAUUAACUAUUAGCAAGAUAAUGUAGAUGAAUAAGAAUAAGAUAUCAAUGCUCAAGAAAAAGGAAACCAACAAAUGACUGAAUGA